AUGUGGCCACUCACUCCAUGGCGUCCGCUCGAACCAGCACCAUGGCAGCGCUCGAUGCUGCGUCUCCUCACCAUAGGCCCCAUCAUCGCAUCCAUUCCCAUCGUCGCCGUCUACCAUAUAGGCACAUACAUCUACUGGCGUCCCAAACGCGGUCUGGCUCGGCACCUGGGCGUCAAUGUCUUCCGGUAUCUCGGGGCGGCGAUCCGCCUGGGUUGCGUUGCCAUUCGCGAUCCCGAGGAAGCUAGCAUCCCCAAGCUGGCAAAGUACCACCGGCACCUGGCUGAUGCCGGCGAACCGCGCACUAUCCCGCCCAUCAAAGACGACGUACCACGUCUGCCAGUGCUCGAGUCGGCUGGAGACAAGAUCAAGGCUGCUCCCUUCCCCGGAUUCAUGCUGGCGCCCAAGGGCACACCCCAAGACGACAUCUGGGCACGAGCCAAGCCCGGAGAGAAGGGCAUCUUCUACAUUGUUGGCGGAGGGUACGAAGUUGGCCACCCUCUCCAGUUCUUCUGCCCUUGGGAUCUCGUCAACGAGACAGGUCUGCGCCUCUUCACACCCAACUACCGCAAAACCGUGGUCCACGACCAGGCCUGGCCAACUCAGAUGUUUGACCUGCUCGCCGGAUGGCAGUACAUGAUUGAGGAGCUCGGCUUUGAACCCAAGAAUGUAGUUGUCCACGGAUCAAGUGCAGGUGGACACGGAUGUCUUGUCCUGACGCGAUACCUUGACGAGCUGCUCCAGACUGGUUGGACACGCUGGGGCCUGCCGGCCGGGCUCUAUGCAUCCGCCCCGUGCUGUGAUCAAACUGGGUCCAUGCCAUCCAUUGACACCAACCAGCACACAGACUGGCUCGUCGACCCACGCCUGAUCAUCUUCCCAGUUGUUCUCCGAUACAUCACAAACCCGACGUCCGACCCAUACCUGUGCCCAGCCCUUGCCCCGCGCCCCGACCUGCAUUUCAAGCGUCUGGCCGCUGCCAACUUUCCAGUGUACGUUGACGCAGGCACUGAUGAGCGGCUGUGGGACGAGGUCGUCCGCACGGUGGAGAACAUGCGCUAUGCUGGGAUUGAUGUCCAUUUCACUGGGUACGAAGGGGGCACCCACUGCGAGUAUGUGUUUGCCCGCUCGCCUGUCAAGUUUUGGCCUGGCGUUGGCUUCACAUGGCCCCUGCUGGUUUCCCAGUUCAAGCAGUUCCUCAAACAAGCCUGGCCCGACGUCCAAACCGCGUCUGCCUGA